AUGGACACUCUCCAGAACCUCUUGGAGCCUGUGAUUGACCCGGAAGAAGGUACGCCUCUAGCAAGCCAAAAGGCAUGGCGCUCCAAUGACCUCCUCACCCUGUAUUUCCAACGCCCCUCGGUACCACGCUCUCCUCGUAUCGACAUACUUGCACAAGUCCUAUUUGGGAAACUAACUCUCCCUUCACCGUACCAUGCAGAUGCUUUUGUUGUCUUCUCGCAAGCCAUACCAUCCGAGUCCCUCGGCUUUGUUGACCCCAAGGCUCACGAGCUGUCCGUCUCCGUCGGCGACAAACACUUCACCAUUCGCCAGUCUCGAAGUCUGCUGACCUCGAACCGCAAGGAAGGCACGACAGGUGCAGUUGUCUGGAAGGUCACGCCUCUAUUUGCCGAAUGGAUAUCUUCCCCGGACAAUGUCCUCACCAAACAUGGCUGCCUAGGCCCCGAAUCUACUGCCAUAGGAUUGAAAGUAGUCAUUCUUCCUCACGCCUUGCUGACUCUGUUGGAUUCUAGUGAACUUGGCGCUGGUGUAUCUGGGGUCGUGGCGCUUUCCCUUGGGCCCAGCAUCAGACGCUACAUUGCCACGGAUCAAGACUAUGCGAUCAAGCUGCUCCAGCAGAACAUCGCCGAGAAUUUGCCCGCCGUGUCUUCGUCAACUAGCACCAGCGCCAGAACGAAACAGAGAUCGAAGAAGAAGACAAACAACAACAGAGAUAUUGCAUCACAAGCAUCAUUGACCAAUAUCGAAACUCUCGAGUUGGACUGGGAAGAGGAUUCCAUCUCCUCAUUACCGUCAUUACUGAACCUGAAUGAUCGGGGAGUGGACCUGGUCAUCGCCUGCGAUUGCAUCUACAACGAAGCUUUGAUCGAGCCGCUCAACAGCACCUGUGCCCAGAUAUGUCGAUUACGCACAUCAACUGGAUCGCAAACACCUACCAUCUGUCUUGUUGCCCAGCAACUGCGCUCGCCCGAUGUAUUCGAGUCCUGGCUAAAGAGCUUCCACGCAAUGUUCCACGUCUGGAAGGUUCCUGACGAACUCCUCGCCGAAGGGUUAAGGGAAAACUCGGGUUUUAUUGUUCAUUUAGGGAUUGCACGAUGA